ACUCAGAGCAAACUCCUAAACGAUAUUUACCACACACACACACACACACACACACGCGCUACCCACCAGCUGGACAGGUGCUGAUGAUGAGGAUGGUGAUGAUGGUGAGGACGGUGAGGCGCGCGCCGGUGAGCUCGGUGAGGUGCGCGGUGGUGCUCGCGGCCGUGCUGCUCUCGUGCUGCCCCGCGGACGCCUGGUACAAGCAGGCCACCGGCCCGAGCUACUACUCCGUGGGCAGAGCGUCGGGUCUGCUGUCGGGCAUCCGCAGGUCUCCGUACGUCCGCAGGUCCGAGCCGGAGUCCGCGCUGGAGGCGGGAGAGAGCACCGGAAACGGCGUCGGGCCCGAGCCGAGCGCGCGACACACACCCGUCCUGAAGAACAUGGCCGUGUGCAUUAAGGACAUCUCCCCGAACCUGCAGAGCUGUGAGCCGGUGCAGGACGGCUGGAACACGCUGCGGUGCAGGGCGGAGGUGCUGCUCGCCCUCGACUCGGUCGACUGCUUGGUGGCGUGAGCGCAGCACGUGAGCACAGAACCCAACCGCUCGUCCUGGAGAACCCUGUGUACUGUGUCUCCGGGACGAGGGUUGGGAACCUGUCUCCUGAAGACCUUCCUGUCUGGUAUUCCAAAAGAAGUAAGACCUGAAACACAACCGCAUCGUUUAGACGCUGAAAUCUGUUGGGUUUUUUUGGCGCUCUGUUUAGUCCCGUACUUUCUGGUCUGUUUAGGAUCUUCAUUUCCACUUGGACUCCUGACCCUGAAUGUUAUUUAUUUUAUGUGUGUGUGUGUGUGUGUGUGAGAGAGAGAGAGAGAGAGAGAGAGUGAGUGUGUGUGUGAGAGGAAACAAUAUUGCUGUUUGUCCCUUGUGUAGCCAAAUGUGUGUGUAUGUAAAUGUG